AUUGCUGCGAUGGCAGCGACGAGUACGCUGCGCCCGCGUCAUGCAGCAACACGUGUGCCACCCUCAAAACCGCGUACGACCAGAAGAUGGCGACCAAGCAUGCCGCCGAAGCUGGCGGGCGCGCCGCGCGCCAGCUCUUGGUGGCCAAGGCCAAGCAGGCGAAAGAGGAGCACUACCGCAAGCGCACCGACUUGGAGGCGGCCAAGCGAGAGCUCGAGGCCGAGGUCGCGGCCGCCACUAAAGUCAAGGCCGCCGAAAAAGCGCUUGGACUCCAGGAGCGCCGUCACGCGUCCGAACGCUCGCGUCGGAAUGUAGCCGCGACAUUGGGUCUCUACGACCUGACAACCGAGCAGCUCUCGUUUUGA